ACCAAAGUCAACGUGUACUUGAAAGAGAAGUGGAAUUUUUCAAAAUGUCCAAUAAAACAGUUGUUCUGGCUUACAGCGGUGGUUUAGAUACUUCAUGUAUUCUUGUUUGGCUUCAAGAAGAAGGAUUUGAUGUAAUAGCUUACAUGGCCGAUGUUGGUCAAGACGAAGAUUUCGAAGCCGCAAGAGAAAAAGCUCUCAAACUUGGCGCUAAAAAGGUUUAUAUUGAAGAUCUUAAAGAAGAAUUCGUCAAAGACUUUAUUUUCCCAGCAAUUCAAGCUAAUGCAAUUUACGAGGACAGAUAUUUGUUGGGCACAUCAAUUGCUCGACCAUGCAUUGCCAAAAGACAAAUAGAAAUUGCUCUAAAGGAAAAUGCAGGCUAUGUAUCCCAUGGUGCAACAGGAAAGGGUAAUGAUCAAGUCAGAUUUGAAAUGAGCUAUUAUGCACUGUACCCUGGAGUCCAGGCCAUUGCCCCAUGGCGUAUGCCUGAGUUCAUUGAGAGGUUCAAAGGAAGAGCAGAUUUAUUUGAGUAUGCAAAGGCAAAUGGUAUUCCACUGCCUGUCACACCUAAGAAUCCAUGGAGUAUGGAUGCCAAUCUUAUGCACAUCAGCUACGAAGGUGGCAUCCUUGAAAAUCCCAGGACAGAGGCUCCAGCAAAUAUGUAUCUAAUGACAAAAGAUCCAAUUACUGCUCCUGAUAAGCCUGCUGUUAUUGAGAUUGAGUUCAAAAAGGGUGUGCCUGUUAAAGUGACCAAUAUGAUUGACAAUACAGUCAAGAAUACWCCACUUGAUAUCUACCAGUACCUGAACUUUAUUGGAGGCGAGCAUGGUGUUGGACGCAUUGACUUGGUGGAGAACAGAUUUGUUGGAAUGAAAUCAAGAGGUAUCUAUGAAUGUCCAGCAGGCACCAUAUUGAGGGCAGCYCAUCUUGACAUUGAGAUUGUCACACUUGACAGGGAAGUGCGUAAAGUCAAGCAAAGUUUAAGCACUCGAUUCAAUGACCUAAUCUACAAUGGUUUCUGGUACAGCCCAGAAGGAGACUUCGUUAGAUUUUGCAUCAACAAGAGUCAAGAAAAUGUUGAAGGGGUGGUCAAACUAGCUAUCAGCAAAGGACAUGUGUAUGUCAGAGGUCGUGAAUCCAAGGCUUCYUUGUACAAUGAAAACCUUGUGAGUAUGGAAGUGAUUGGUGACUAUAACCCUGCAGAUGCUGCUGGCUUCAUUAGAAUUAACUCUUUGAGACUGCGAGAACAUGCUCGUCUCAGAAAAGCGCUGGAAAACUAAUUGCAUCCAAUGAAAUUGGAUACGGAACUGAAUCUAAUUUAUGGUCCAARUAUAAAGUUUGUUUAGACAAAGAAUUUUCUUCAUUUUAAGAAAUUUUAGCCAGUUUUUSAAUUUGGGAAACAUAGAUAAAGUAAUAAAGUUCAAAGUUCAUGUAAACAAUUUACGUGUAUAUUGAGUUUUACAUGUAAUUAAAAAUAUAUACAUAUUUAUGUAUAUAAGUUUGUAGAUGAAACGUGUGUAGUUGAGAAGUUAUUGAUCGUACUAAAAUAAACUGUAUUUCCCAUUUUCAGUCUUAAA